AUGGAUGGAAGUUUGACAAAAUGGGAGAUUUUCCCAUGGGAUAAAGAAGCUGAGUUGAAAGUCCAACGGUAUUUAGAAUACGGUAAUAUUUCUCCAGAAAACCUUGUAUAUAAACCAACAGGAGGUAGCAAUGAAGUCGAAAAGACAGCUUUAGGGACGAUGGUGAGAGAAUGUGAGGUCCGAUUCGAGAAGAUAAAUGGAUGUUAUAUCGAAGGGCACAGUUACCGAUGCUGGGGAAGAUCUCGCCAUGAGAAAAGAGACCCAAAGUGUCGCAAAGGAAGGAUCGCAAAGGUAUUGAUUCAUUCUUAUUUCGAAAGGGAGCUGUUGAGACGCAUUUUUUACAGAGACGGUUGA